GGCGCAGCGCGGCGCAGAGCAGCGGGACCAUGGGCAGCGCAGCGGGCGGCCCCCGGGCCACCACGCCGGGACAGCAGCUCCGCGCUCUUUUCUACGUGUUGCCGCCCGGAGAGAGCUCCUUCCGCACGCUGGAGGAGGUGCCCGACUACGUGGAGAAGAGUAUUCCAUUCUUCAUUGCUUUUAUUGUGUUGGAGUUUGCUGUCAGCUGGGUUCAGAAGCAUAAGCUGUCAGGUCGAAUCAAUGAUGGCAUAAGUUCUCUUUCUUUAGGUAUCCUGUCUCGACUGCCAGAUGUUUUAUUCAGAAGUGUCGACUUAAUUAGUUAUAUCUAUGUAUGGAAUAACUACAGACUCUUUGAACUGCCCUGGGAUUCGCCAUGGACGUGGUAUUUGACAUUCCUGGGAGUGGACUUCGUAUACUACUGGUUUCACCGCAUAAGUCAUGAGGUUAAUAUACUGUGGGCAGCACACCAGGUACAUCAUAGUUCUGAAGAUUACAACUUAUUCACAGCGUUGAGACAAUCUGUACUGCAGAAAUACACCUCCUGGAUGUUCAACUUGCCAAUGGCUCUUUUCAUUCCGCCAUCAGUAUUUGCUGUUCAUCUACAGUUUAAUCUACUUUACCAGUUUUGGAUACAUACAGAGGUUGUCACCAAUAUUGGUCCUUUGGAGUGGAUUCUUAACACUCCCAGUCAUCACAGAGUUCAUCACGGCAGAAAUCCUUACUGCAUUGACAAAAAUUAUGGUGGCACACUCAUUAUCUGGGACAGGAUAUUUGGAACAUUUGAAGCAGAAGAUGCUAAAGUUGUAUAUGGCUUAACACAUCCAGUAAAUUCAUUCGAACCCAUUCUGCUCCAGUUACGUCCCUUGGCUCAUAUUUGGAACACGUUUUGGGCCACACCUGGAUUUUGCAAUAAGCUUUCUGUCCUAUUCAAAGGGCCAGGCUGGGGACCAGGCAAACCUAGACUUGGCCUUCCUGAGGAAAUCCCAGUGAUCACUGGAAAAGAAGUUCCAUUCAACCCAAGAGUACCAGCUUACCUUAAUUGCUAUGCAGUAGUGCAUUUUGCAGUGAUAAUGGAGCUGUAUAUUGACCUUCUUGCUACUGUGACUGUGUUAUCACAGGGAACUAUUCUGCUGAGAAUUUUCUUUAUCAUUCUGUCCCUGACCUCUUUUGGAUUUCUUAUGGAGAACAGGCCCAAAGCAGGAAUUCUGGAAAUCAUCCGCUGCUCAGUCUUCUUAGGUGUAUACAAACUUGGCUACUUAAGGAAUCAGCUUUCUUUGUUGGACUGUGCAUAUGAAAAAACCUUGAUCAUCUGCUUGUUUCCACUGUUGACAGACAGAUGUUUCUUCACUUCAUAGACGUUGUGACAGAAGGAGCAGGCACUCACUGAGCACUGCAGGUCUUGUUUUCCCUCUGCACUGCAUUCUGGGGAACCCAAGUUAUGAAACGGAUCACUUCUUCCAAAGAUAAACAUCCCUGAAAGAACAGAACUAACAUCACUUUAAUUAUGGAUACAGCACUUUGGAAUAACCUUCUAAGUUCCUUGGAAUUAAUCAGCUAUGACUCUUACUGAAUUGCAGUCAUUUCACAUAUGAUAAGAGAGGUUUGUGAUUUUAUAUGAAGGAUUGAAAGAUUCAUUGGAAAGUGCAUUUAUUUCUGGGUUUUAAAAAUAUUUAAUUUACCCCCAAAUUUAAAUAAAAUUUUCUUUCACAGCAUAUUUUUUCAUUCAAGGGAUCAAAAAGUCUUAGAAACCAUGUGAAACUAAUGACAUUUUACAGUAAUUUUAUUAGUAUUAAAUCAUAUAUGAAAAGUAUUUUUCACAAUAGGAAUAAUUAAAAUCAUGUUUUUAGCAACCUGAUAUAAAAUGACUGACUGUCUCUCUGUUGAGCCUAAACAUAAAAAUAUGUGAAUGUCAGUUUUUCCAUAAUGAUUGGAGUAGACUAGAAUCUCAGUGUCAUGCCCAAUUCAGUGUUCAUAACAUACGGGCUACAUGAGGAUAGUCGGGGCAAGAAAAUGAAUAAAAACAGCAUGAUAAAAUAACUCAGAGUAGUAUGAAUUGAAACAUCUUCAGAAAAAUUGGCUGAUAUAUGCAUUGUAUAAUGCAGACUUUCAGUUUAGACUGAAUUAUUUAAGGACUACACCUGCAGUUGCCAACUUUAGACACUGAUUGAGCCAGCACUUGCACAUGAGUAUCCCAUUGACAAAUGUUACUCAUGUGACAAAAUAUUUGCAAGGCUGGGCCCUUAAUUUUUGGUAAUUUCCUGCUGAGGUGAUCUCAGGGGAGAUGCACAUCUUUCAGGAGCUGCUGGAAAGAUGGUUUCUACUAAGAUAGGAAAAUUAAAUAUAAAUGGUAAAGGGAGUCUCCAAACAGCAGGACUGGCAAAAAUACUGGAGCUGGGUUGUUUUUCUUUCCUCGCACUGUUCCAACUUCUAUUUGGCUCCAAGACUUUUAGAAGUGCUUAAAGUCAAGUAGCUAAAAAAUGUAGGCUGUCUUGCAUGCUUCAAACUAGUAAUAAUACCUGAAUUAUGUUUUUCCCAUUCCAUUUUCCUUUAGAAUAUUAAUGGCAUGCUAACAGUGUUCUCAGAUGUAGCCAUCCUAUUUUUAAUUAACCCAUAUUUUCAGUCUUUAGCUGUAACAGAUGCCGUUAUCUACAUAAUUGGAUAUUUCUAAUAAAUAAUCAGAAAGGCAUUGAUGUUGUAUAAAUGAAAUUGAUCCAAUGUCUAGUGAUAAUAUCAGCCUAAUUUUAUAUAAAUUCUUAC